AUGUGCCAUGAGACACUACUUCCAGUCUUGAGAGAGGCGCUCAAGCUAGGAACCGGUGAAUUCGAUGAUUUGCCACUCAAGCUCAAGUUGAAUCCCAACAAAGUCAUCGUGCUUAGCGACAAUUCUCAACUAGAUACCGUGUCGGGAUAUCGUACGAUCGAGUCGCUCGUGAGGGAGGGUUCAAAGCUGCCGGAGCAGCCGCGGAAGCUGCUUGGGGGAAACCGAAUGGCAUAUCUAUUCCAGUCUUCAGGAACUUCGGGUCUACCAAAGGCAAUGAUGAUCACACACAGUAAUGGUUACCACUCGGGAAUACAGACGCUUAUCACUGCCACGCAGGCCGCGCGCUUUGCAGGAGACGAACCGUUGACACCCGUUACUAUGCUCGGCGUCAUACCAAUGUACCACUCAUACGGUAUGAUCAUCUGGAUCCUUCGCGUCAAUAUGAUCAGACAGACGAGCAUCAUGCUGCCGAAAUGGAACCUUGAGCUCGCAUUGAAAAGCAUACAAAAGUACAAGAUCACACAUCUUCCACUGGUACCACCUCUAGUUCGCCAACUCGCCCAGAGCCCAUUGACUGAGAAAUACGACCUGAGCUCUGUGAUCGGCGCGUCAAGCGGCGCUGCAUAUCUGCCACCAGAUGUCGCAUACCAACUGGCCAAGAAGCUGCCUCAAGGAGCGGGGAUGCCGGUGCCAAGUGGUUAUGGUCUGAGCGAAGCAGCCAGUAUCGCAAGUCCGGCAGCGCAUGGCAUAUUUGGAUUGGAGCCUGCACUACCCGCCAUGAUCGGUUAUCUGCUACCGGGUAUGCAGGCUCGGGUUGUAGACCCUGAGACACUCAACAACGUGCCCAAAGGCGAGAAGGGCGAGCUCUGGGCACGCGGAGCAGUCGUUACCCCUGGAUACUUCAGGGACCCGAAAGCCACUGCGGACAUCUUCACUGAGCCUGGCUGGUUACGCACUGGCGAUCUUGUGAUGCGCGACGAGCGUGACCGUAUCCACUAUCUCGAUCGCCUGAAGGAGAUGAUUAAAGUCAAAGGUCUGCAGGUCGCCGCUACGGAGGUUGAAGAUACGCUGCUUGACCAUCCAGAAGGUCUGGUGCGUGAUGCGUGCGUAGCGGGCGUUGAUAACGGCCGCGGCGAUGGCUCUCUGUUCGUCCGGGCGUGGAUCGUGCUGACCACUGAGGGCCAGAAGCAAGGAGAAGAGGCUGUCUCAAAGAAGCUGCAUCAGUGGAUCGAGGGACGUCUGAGCCGACACAAGUGGCUGACUGGUGGCAUUGAGGUUGUGGAUUCGAUUCCCAGAACCCCCUCGGGUAAGAUGCUGAGAAGAGAGAUGCGGGACCGAUAUCAUGAAAGCGUGAAGAACAGUAGCAAGGCGAAGCUGUAA